ACUAUGCAGCCAUAUUCAGUAAGGAACACGCUCACAAAAACAGUUGAUGUUUGGCCCGACGGUGAGAAAAAAGACGUCUGACGCUGCAGUUUAGAGAAACAGUUUUCUAAACUGACUGUCAGCUCUCUAUUGAAGGCAAGGAAACAUCACGACAGUAGAAUCUGUCUUUUUAACAGCGUGGAGGCGGACGCUCCAGUGAGAACACCAUGGCCUCCCGAAAGAAAGUCCUCUUGAAGGUGAUAAUCCUUGGUGACUCAGGAGUUGGAAAAACUUCUCUGAUGAACCAGUAUGUGAACAAGAAGUUCAGCAAUCAGUACAAAGCCACAAUCGGAGCAGAUUUCCUUACCAAAGAAGUAAUGGUGGAUGACAGACUUGUGACAAUGCAGAUCUGGGAUACGGCUGGUCAGGAGCGCUUCCAGUCGCUGGGUGUGGCAUUCUACCGCGGGGCCGACUGCUGCGUGCUGGUGUAUGAUGUUACUGCGCCCAACACAUUCAAGACUCUAGACAGCUGGCGGGAUGAGUUCCUGAUCCAGGCUAGCCCCCGUGACCCGGAAAACUUCCCGUUCGUGGUGUUGGGCAACAAAAUCGACCUGGAAAACCGGCAGGUGACGACAAAACGAGCCCAGGCAUGGUGUCAAAGUAAAAAUAACAUCCCAUAUUUUGAGACCAGUGCCAAGGAAGCCAUCAAUGUGGACCAGGCCUUCCAGACCAUUGCACGAGAUGCUCUUAAGCAGGAGUCCGAGGUGGAGACCUAUGAUUUCCCGGACCAGAUCAAACUGAGGGACGACAGGCCGACUUCGUCCAGCGAUGGCUGCAGCUGCUGAGGAAGAAGAUGGGAUAAGAAGAUGGGAGUGGUUGGGGGGGUGGGGGCAGCAGCAUCAGCAGCGAGGGCGAGACACCACCAAAUCGUAAACCCCAAGAGACAGUUCCAGCGGACAACCUUCCCUUCCAACAUGAACCCUCUCAGAUUCCUCUUGCAGAUUGACUGAAAGUGAAACAACCAGCCACUCCCCCCUCCCACCAACCUUCUCUGCGUUUCUCCUCCAAGCAGGGAGAUGGAGAAUAAUGAGAAAACGACAUGUUUAGGCAUCGACUUUCAGAGUAUCAUGUAUUAAGAUCAUUUCUGCAAAUCCAGCCAAAUUUAACCAUAGAUGUAGUAACUUCAUUUUGUACUGUUGCACAUCAUCAUACUGUAAGAUGUUAGACGUCAUGCGACUAACCUAUUACUUCCCACCUUUUUUUUCCCCCCCUGUUCUUUUGAUUUUGUUUCCAACCUAUUCCAUGCAGUAAAUACCUUUUCCCCCCUUGAUCUGUUCAGAAUGUCAGUUACCCAUAACCUAGACACAGGCACGACCAACCAAGGUUUAAAAAAACAAACCAAUAAAUAAAUGGUAGGAUCUAGUGUGAUUUUUUUUUUUUUUUUUUUUUUUUUUUUUAGCGUGAAUGUGAAAUUUCAUCGCUGAGGCAGGAAGUGUGACCAGCAGGAAAAUGGAAGUGAAACGCAGCUCAGGGGUUUCAGGCAGAGUCUGGCCCUGUGGAAUUCAGACAUGCUGCCUAGUGACAUGUCAAAGGUUAAAUGUUGCCUCGACAAUGUUGCUCACAAUUUCCUCUAGCCCUCUUGCAAAUUAUAAAGGCACAAUAUGUAGGAGGCUUUUACCGGAAAGCAUUUGGUUAGCAGGGUAUUUUACACACAAAAAAGCGCCACGUUCACCGUGACAAUAACUUGUUCAGUUAAUGAGUCUUCUAAGUGAAUACUUGGAGUUGCUGGAUACUUAUCUAAAGAUUAUGGCCAUAUGAAACAGCUCUUGUACUAGCAGAUUACAUAGAACUGAAUCAUGAGAUUCCCUCAAGCAACAUGUUCGUUUUGCUGUUCUUCUGUUUCUUUGUUAUACUUUUCACAUGUGAAAUGCCAUUCCAUUAAUUUUUUUGUAUGCCAAAAUGAAUCAAAUCAUGAAGUUUGCUGGAGUAGAAUAUGUGCCCUUUCUAUUCUGGCCUGAAGCCCUCUCUUGUAAAUCUAGUAAUAAUGACAAACUGAAAAAUAAAAUAUGAUUUAAAAACC